AUUCCUAUCUACUUCAAUUAACGCGUAACAAAGAAUCUCAACAAUUGACCUUUGAUUGUUUAGCUCUUUUAUUGUUUUGCAAAGAGUGCGCUUUUUGAUAAAUUGGAAAAUGUUUUAUGAUUCUGUGAGCUAUUAUCGUUUGCCUCAACAUUUCGAGGAGAGAUUGGAUGGAUGUGCGGGAUUCGUGGAUCCAUACAAUUUGGAUCAUUUUAAAUAUCGCGGCAAGAAAAAAGGCCUCUUGGAGCAGGAUGGUCCCGCACAAAGUGGAUUUAAAAAAUCUCUUAUGGAAAAUCAUAUUAAUACUGCUUAUGAACAGGCUUUGAAGAAGAUUCGGCCAUUUUAUGAGAUUUCGUGCGAUCGCUUUAACAGUCAGCGAUUAGUUGAAGAUAAGGAGGACAAUGAAUUGAAUGAUGAUAUUAUGGGUCUUCCAGCAAAUAUCAAAAUUAAUAAAGAAUUCAGUAAGCACGAAGAUAGCACAGAAAAUAAGAAUAGCAUUGGAUAUACUAUUGGUCAUGCCAUUGGAUAUACUAUCGGAUGUGCUAUUAGAGAUAAAAAAGCAUUGAAAAAAGCCGGAUCUUUCUUCAAGGCAGUAUGGAAACCAGUGAAGAGAUCAGCACAGAAAGCAUGGAGAAACAUGAAGAAUGGCGAAACUGAAUACGUUCAGUUUGAAUAAGGAUCUCUUCCUCCAUCAUUGCAUCAAGUAUCCAUCUACUUGAUUUGGUCCGAAUUCGUCUCGGGUAAGUGUUUAAUCAGAAUUGUUUAACACUUAACAUUUAGAAGAUUUUCUACUCUCAACUUAUAAAAUAAAAAACACCAUUUCUAUCCCCAAUAUACCACAAACAUAAUAGCCAGAUAACAGAGAAUAGGUAAAGUGUAUUAACGUGGAGAUACAUCAUUUUCUUUAUAAGAUUGAAAUUUUACAUAUAGACAGACUAGAGUAGGCUUUUAGGGCAUUAGACUUAUUUAUAUAUAUAUUCUUGUUCAAGUAUCGAAAAGAAUAUAUUCUGGAAGUGUACUAGUCUCGUAACACAGGGAAAGCAAGACGGUUAAUGGGACUAGAGGUUAAAAUAUUUAGCAUGUUUAUGUGAAAUAUCAGUACACGAAGAUUCUAAAGUAAUCAAAUUAAUAAUAAUAUAUUUAAAACAUAA